UGGUGGAUGGGGAGCAAAAACCACCAAUGGGCUACCUCUAUGAAGCUAUGGAUAGGACCAAGGAGGCUAUUCAAGCAUCAUUCACUGAUGAGCAGAAAUAUGCAAAGGUCUUUCAGAUCUUUGAUGCAAGAUGGAGUGAGCAACUUCAUAGACCUUUGCAUGCAGCUGGACUUAUUCUGAACCCGUCACUCUUUUAUGAUCAGCAUGAGAAUAAUUCAUUGGCUAGAGAAGUAUGGACAGGAUUCCAUGAGGUUGUUAUCAAGUUGACCCCAGAUGAAGACAUGCAAGAAAGGAUAGUGGAUCAGCUUGCUAUUUACAAGGCAGCUGAGGGACUUUUUAAGCUCCGACUUGCUAUUAAACAAAGAAAGACGAAAUCGCCAGUUGAGUGGUGGGACCAAUAUGGUGUAGAGACUCCGGAUUUACAGACUUUCGCCAUCAGAGUUCUAAGUUUAACUUGUAGCUCAUCCGGAUGUGAAAGGAACUGGAGCGUUUUUGAACACAUUCAUACAAAGAAGAGGAAUCGAUUAACCUUGAAGCGCCUCCAUAAUCUAGGGUUCAUAAAAUACAAUAGAGCAUUGAGGCGUCGCUACAACCACCGCAAUCUAAUUGAUCCAAUUCUUUUGGACAAUAUUGAUGAGGCUAAUGAGUGGCUAACCGGAGUCCCCGAAAAUUGUGAAGAUGAAGAAGUAUUUGAAGGCGAUUCUAAUUUCACUUGGGGUGAUGUUGCGGUUGCUAGUGGAGUUGGGGAGAAUCCUUAUGGUUUAAGGGGGAAUACUUCAAGUUCAAGCUCGAUUAGGAAGGGAAAAAGUGUGGCUACUACAAGUCGAUCCCUAUCCCUAAUUGAUGAAGAUGAAAGUGAUCAUGAAGAGGAAGAGGAGGGAGAGGAGGAAGAUGACGAGCAAUAUGAAGAUAAUAGAGGAAUUCAAGAUUUUGACAAUCUUGAAGAAGAACAAGAAGAGUAGAAGAAUAAGAGGUUGAUUCUAGUAAUUUAGUAGCUUUGAUUUUGACAAUUUGAACUUUUUGAUUAUUUAUAAUUUUAUAUUGUGUCUUUGCAAGGUUUA